AGUCGUAUGCAGAUUCAAUGACGAAAUGACUCAGCAAGAAGAUGAGAAAAUUGAGCGAUUUCGCAGCAUUGUCAGUGGGCAGCUACAAGACGAACUCGCGAAAUUAGGGAAGGAUCGGCAACAAAUCCUCGUGGAACUGCAAGAUUAUGCUGCACUACUGGUCGUUGUCCGAAACUUGCAGAUGAAGAAAUCCAGCAAAGUCAAUAUCCGAACGUCGCUUGGCCAUCAAGUGUUUGUAAAUGCAGAACUCGAGAAACAGGAUUCUGUAAUAGUGAAGCUGGCGGGUGACUUAUUUGCCGAACUUAAACUUGAGCGAGCUGAGAUAUUCAUCACACAGAAACUAGAGAUAUUGCGGAAAAAAGCUGAAUUAUCGCUUGAGUUGGCAAGCAAGACCAAGGCAACCAUCAAAUUUUUGCUGGCAGCUAUAGGAGAGUACGACAAAUUGGCUGCAAAAAGAUAGCAGAACCACAUCAUUCUUAGUUCUUUUUUUUACUUUGUUUUUCUGAUAAAGUAUUCAGCAUGA